AUGCCAACGCUAAGGGCCCGCCGCUCCCAGUCGCAGUCCGCGAGCUCAGCCGCAGCGGAUCAGCUGCAGACGACACUCACGCGGUCGCUGCAGGAGUGUAUCCAAGCGACUGUGAGCUCCGUGUGCGCGAGUUUCCAGCACGCAGGAGACGAGGCAACGACGACUAGCAGAGCGUCUGUCGACGGGAGCAGCGACUAUGAUCGAUACUACGUCCACUGCCGCCGUCUAGUGGACUACAUUGUGCAGAAUAUGGAGACGCCGCCAGACUUUGUGACGCAGAUGGACCGGAUUAUUCUGGCGUGUCACCGCGGGGCCUCCGAGCGCGUGCUGAGCGCUUUGGUGGCCACGCCGCUGUGGUUUCAUCGACGUGGAGACGCUCCGCCGCUUUGUGGGGAAGAGAAGGAGCAGCAGCAGCAGCAGCAGCAACAACAACAUCAAAAGAAGAAGAAGGAUGGGAGCGACAGCUGCAGUACGAGAAGAAGUAGCCGGCAUGGAAGUGCUGUAGCGGCUGUGUCGACGGCCGAUAAGAAGAAGAAAAAGAAGAAGGGAAAAUCGUCUCCGCCUUCUGCGGAAAACGUGGCAAAGAAGUCGCCGACGGCAUCAGCGGCGCACGCUGGGAGUGGUGCCCGUAGCAAGAGGGGAACGGGGGCGAGUGAGCAGGAUACACGGCCGCCGAAGAGAACGCGGCGCGUGCCGAGAGAGGUGAUACACGGCACAUCGGAUGAGAAGGAGAUAAAAGUUGAGAAACGACACAAAGAGGGGAAAGCGGUACAAGAGCCGGAAGAUGAAGAUGAGGCGUUAUCGUUCGAAGAUGCUAUUGGCGAGUUGUGCUACCCGGACCAACGCACGCAGGCAGAAACGAAGUUCUUUAAAGACCGACUGCGCAGUUCUAUUCGGUUUGUCGAUGCACUGCUGUGCAAACCUCCGCGCGGCAAAGUCUGUAGACGUGGGUGCAAGAAGAUUCGGGCCCAGAUGUGCAGUAGCUCCAGGCCGUGCAAGAACAAGAUGUGCCGCAUCUGGCACGAUGUAGAGGCACACACGGAUUGCUGCCUGAACCCACGAUGCGAGUUCAAAAUCCGUGUCUUGCUGCGUGAGACGAUGCACAAGGUGGAGAUGAACAAGCAGCAUCAAGCUGUAAUCGAGGCGAAGUUGCGAGAUAAGCACACUGAGCUGAAGAAGGCCGUUGACGACGAUAAGGAUGCAGUGGAGAAUGACAUUGUAAACUUGGAGCACGACCUUGAAACAUGUGAUGAUGAGAUGGGUGUGCUGAAGGCCUCGACCGAAACGUUUUGGCGCAAUCUGAACGACAUUGGAAUCGAAGUGAAGGAUGAUGCGAUCGACAAUUUUCCUGACUUCGACACCCACUACGGGGACAAGAAGGGCCCACGUAAGACAGCAGAGGCUCUUUCUACAAGUUCCCACCCUUCUUCUUCUCAUGGGUCUAGUCGAAACUCGCGUACUACAUCUCGUCAUGCAGGCGGCCCCCAUGCAAGUGUUGGUCCCCAUGCCCGCGUCGGUCCCCAUGCUAGUACGAACAAGGAUGCGGAAGACAAUGAUGGUUGCGAGAGCGCGAGUGGCAGUAUGUACCAGUGCGCGUCGCGGAGGAACACGCACAUCGAACGCUUUACGCGAAGAGCGAUGAUGGACGGAUUGGAGCUGCACUGUCAUAGCUCGAGUGAUCCACCUCAGGAAGACGAACCGCCACUACCACCCAGUGGCCCUCCUCCGUUCCGACAAAACCCUGAAUUGGAUGGGGAAUCGGCUGGUAGCGUUUCGGGCUACCCUAUCGACCUAGUGGCUGAUGAUCAUGAGGCCGAAGCCGCUACUGCGAACAUUGAACGGACGGCGUCAAACGGGUCGCGUGAAGAGCGAAUGGCUGACAUGCAGCUAGAAGGUGACAAGAGCUUCGGGAUUAUGGCAAGCGUGAGCUUUGACUUGUCUUCUGAAGAGCCAGCGAAUAGAAGUCCUCACACACCUCUUGGCGACCCAUUCGCUGCAACAGACACGCGCAUCAAAUCGUCAGCUGCCGAACCGCGCCCGACGGAUAUGGAUUGCAGUUCUCCUCUUGCUGAAUACUUCACCACUGCGGACUUUGCCAUUCGAGAAGAUCAGCUCCGAGAUCUAUGA